CAACCUGAGGUGUCGCUGCUAAACUGUCCGGCCACAGUUGACAGUAAUGGAGGGAAGACCGAACAGAAGCAGAGGAGGGAAUUGGAAAAGAGGUGGCCGGGGUGGAUACGACAACGACAGUAGUGGCGGUGAACACCGGGGCAGAGGGAGAGGAGGCCACCACCGCGGCCGUGGUAAAAGAGACCACUACCGCGGUCGUGGACGCGGGGGAGGCGCCCAUGCAGCGGAGUUCCAUCACCGGGAUCAGGAUGAAGGGGACAACUUUCAGGAGGAAGAUGGCAGGAUGGAGAUGUUCUCCAGGAGGAAGCUGGAGUCAAACUGGGACCGUUACGAGGUGUCAGAGAGACAGGAGCCUGAUGAUGACACGCCCACUCAGAGAGGAACAGACUACCACAUCCUGCUGGAGUCAGCAGGGGAUUCGUUCACUCAGUUCCGGUUUUCAGAAGAAAAGGACUGGGAGAUUGACUCGUCUGCAGCCAGUCUGAUGUCUGCAGUGUUUGUGGACCUCCCAGCACUGGCCCAGAGCCUUCAGCAAGUGCCUCUCCAUCAGAGACUCAACCUGGAGGCUGAGCUGGUUCAGGUCUUGACACCAGUACAGCUGCCAACUAUGACUCUUGCAACUAAACAGGAGAUUUCAAAAACGACCACAUUCACUCCUCCGUCUGCUUUAAAAGUCCCCGUGGAUAAAAAUCCAGUGUCGGACUCGCAGGUUUCCUUGCGUCCUGCAGAGCCGCCGGCGGAUGAUGUUGAUGAAGAGCUGGACCAGCUGCUCAGUUUACAGAAACCAGUCUUGGGUGUUUCAGGAAACCAGUCUGUCACAGACGAGGAGACUGCCGUUCCAGAGAAAGCGUGUGAGGAAGUGAAGGAGGUGGUGCCAAAGGUGAUAGAAGAGAAGAUGGAGGAGGUGAAAGACAAAGACGUCACACCUCCCAAGUCUGCUUCCGCCCGACAGGAAGUGACAGAGGAGGACCUGGAGGACUGGCUCGACAGCAUGAUCUCCUGACCCACCAGGGAAAGACUUGAUUAAAGACAGAAGAUAUAGGUAUAUAAAGUAAACUGGACUUCAACUUCUGUCUGUUAAAAGUCAUAUCAGACCUAAGUAGAACUUUAAGCAUUCAGUCUGAAAGCUGAUUAUAUUAUAUGUACAUUCUUAAAGAACUUGAUAGUUGUUUUUGGCCUUCACUUUUUUUUGGGUUUUAAAAAAUGAGGGUCAAGUUAUUAGUUUAUCCAGUUUCCGGGUCUGAUUGAGAGACGGAACAGUAUGUCUCAGUUUGUGAGAACGUGUCAAAAUGUUCCCGCUCUGUCUUUCAUGUUUUAGAGAAGUAACGGUCUGUUCCUUGUGAGGCUGUGAAAGUUGCACGCCACAGGAGUGUUGCCAUCAGAGGGAUGUCAGCUGCCAAACGGACGGACACGUUUGGUUUAUUGCGUCAAUUACUUUAUUCAUUUUCUCCCCCUCAUCAAAAGAAAUGCAGUUUACCAAAGCUACUACGUACAUACAAAUGGCCAUACAAUAGCAGUGAACCAUUUUGUCAUCAAUAAAUCCUUGAACCAA